AUGAAACGCGAGGAGGAAGAGGAAGAUGAGCUCGUGCCGGUCGGCGGCUACGACACGAAGACGGUGGUGCGCGAGGGCGCCCUCGAGAAGCAGUCGCCCGGCAUGGCGCUCAAGCGGUGGCAGACCCGACACUUCACCCUCACCCCCUCCGCCCUCUUCUACCGCAAGAAGAAAUCCACUGAGGCCACGCUGGGCGCCAUCAAGCUCAGCCACAUCAAGAGCUGUGCGGCCCGACAGCCGGCGGCCGGCGGCAAGGGGGCGACCAAGCGUGUGGUGUUUGAUAUAGCGACGGCCAAUCGGGUCUACGCGCUGGCUGCAGACAGCGAGGCCAACGCACAACAGUGGAUCGACGCCAUCAACCGCGAGCGAGCAUCCCCCUCGACGGCACCCACAUCAUCACCGCCACUGUCGCCCUCCACUUCCUCCUCCUCAACGGCCGCAGCAACGGAGGGCGACUGGAUCGCGGGCGAGAAAGUUCUCUACGCGAGCCCGACGGCAGGACCCGAAGAUGUGCUCUUCACGCACCACUCGCUACGGGAUGGCAGGUGGGCCAAGUUCACCAUGACCACCUACCGGCUCAUCUUCACCCACAAGGAUGGGCUGGAGUCGGUGCCGCUCGGUCUGGCGAUGCGGGUGGAGCCGGCGAGGCACGAGGAGCGCAACCUGGCCGGCUUCGUGAUCGAGUGCAAGGACUUCCGGACCCUCUCCAUGUUCUUCCUCUACCCCGAGCCCGUCAAGGCCCUCACCAACCUCUUCAAGCAGCACAUCUGUCCCCAACAGAUCUUCCAUCUCUUUGCGUACCAGAACAAGGAGAAGUUUGCGACCGCGACACCGCAGGACAGCGCCGGGUUCACGAUGUACAACCUGGAGCGGGAGUUCAAGCGGCUCCGUAUUCCCACCAAGCAGUGGCGCAUCACCAGCAUCAACAAGAACUUCGCCUUCCCCCAGUUCCCCAACCAAUUCAUCGUCCCCGCAGCCAUCAGCGACGAGACGAUUUUCCAACUGUGGAACUCGCUGCAGAAAUGGCAGCGAUGGACGCUGGCGCUGACGUGGCGAAACCCCACAACGGGCGCGUGCCUGCUGCGCAGCUUCAAGUUCCUGCUGGGCGGGGAGAACAUGGCCGUGUCCGAGUCGGACUGGAUCUCCGAGCUGGGCAAGGCCAAGCGCGGCCACCGCAGCAUGCUGCAGUACGUGCUGCUGAUCCAGCGCCAGGCCGAGACGCUCCACGUCUUCGACACCUCGCGAAUCAAGCUCAAGGCCGGCGCCGACGCAUCGGCGCCAGUAAAGAUCGAGCCCGCGCAGAACGUCAAGACCUUUACCACAGACGAAGGCCAGAUUAUGACGCGCAAGACCGAGCUACUGCCGCCGGCAGCGGUGGAAGACAGUCUCGGCAAGCUGGCACAGUUGGUGUCGUCCUUCGACGCGCACGCAUUUGCGGCUCACAAGGAAAAGGCCACGCAGUGGCGCGAGUCGGUCGAGGCCACGCGCUGGCUCACCGGCAUUCGGCGCCUGUUCGAGGCCACCGCCAAGGUGGUCACCCAGCUGCAACUGGGCAAUCCGGUGGUCGUAUUGAACCACGACGGAUCCGAGGCCGUGCCGCAGGUCGUCAGCUUGGCACAGUUGUGCUUGGACCCGCACUACCGGACGAUCGCUGGCCUCUGCCUGCUGAUCGAGAAGGAGUGGAUGGCCUUCUGCUUCGAGUGGGGCCAGGGCAACAAGAACAAGUACCUGCCCAAACAGCACUCCUACCUCUUUGUCCAGUUCAUCGACGCCGUGUGGCAGCUGUGGACCCAGUCGCCGGCGCAGUUCGAGUUCAGCCCGCACCUGCUCGUGUUCCUCCUCGACUCCGUUUACUCCUGCCGCUUUGGCUCCUUCCUCACCAACACCCACCGCGAUCGACUCAAAAAAAAAUUCGGCAUUUUGAACAAGACCGGCUCGGUCUGGGCGUACAUCACCUCGCACGAGAGCGAGUUCGUAAAUUCGCUCUACGACCCCAACUCGCACAAGACCUCGCCUCGUCUCGCCAUACACCCCUCGCAAGUGACGCUCUGGACUGAGUACUAUCUCCGAUGGGCCACUGCGGCCGCCAACGAGCAAGUCAUCAAGGAGAUCACCAUACAGCUCGCCAAGCAACAGCAAGCGAAGAGCGACAGCGUCGGGCUGGAUAUCAGCAACCACGCUCUGACACGCCUGCCCGCGCCGCUCAUCGACCGACUGCCGCUGCUCUCGUCGCUCGACCUCUCGAGCAACUUCAUCUCCUCAGUCGCCGCUCACCUGCCCCACUUCUCGGGCCUUGUGUCGCUCGACCUCUCGCACAACUUCAUCACCUCGUUCUCCCCGCGGCCCCAGGACCACAACGCCACGGCGCCGGCGGCCAUGGACGACAACGGCCAGCUGCGCAGUCCGGACGCGUCGGCGAGCGGCUCGUUCGAGCGCCUUGACAGGCUGCACCUGGCCGACAACCGGCUGUGGGUCGUCGAUCAGCUGCCGGCGAGCCUCACCGAGCUCAACGUGGCCCACAAUGCGAUCGAACAUCUGCCGCGCCACCUCGCUACACUCACCCAGCUGCGCGUGCUCAAUGUUGCGUACAACAAACUUCUCACAGAUCAAGGCCAGAAGGGCAUGCCGGAGGUGCUGCUGAAGCUGACCUCGCUCACUUCGCUCAACCUCGCCGGGAUCGGCAUGCCGCAGCUGCCCGCUGAUUUCUUCUCUGCGCUGCCACACCUCGAAGUGCUCGACCUGUCGCACAACCAGCUACCGAGCCUCCCGGCCGACAUCGCUCGCGCCACGAGCAUGCGAGUGCUCAACAUCUCCAACAACCCCUUCACCCGCCUGCCCAACGCCAUUCUCCACCUGGGCUCGCUCGAGGAAUUCUAUGCCAACAACGUGGCUGCGGAGGAAUGUCUUCGAUUGGCCGACCUGGUCGGGAUGACGCGGCUGCGCUGCCUCGAUCUCCGCAACAAUCAAAUCACGGCGCUGCCCCCGGGCUGUUUCGCGCGGUGGACCAACAUGGAGCGCCUGUGGCUGUCCCACAACCAACUCUCGGCGCUGCAGGCCGACGGCAUCGGGUGCCUGGCCGCCACGCUCCAGGAGCUCCACCUGGGCCACAACCAUCUGGACUGCAUGCCGGCCGAGAUGGCCAAGCUCACCCGGCUGCGCGUGCUGACCGUCGAGGGCAACCUCAUCGUGGAGCUCCCGGCCCAGCUGGGCAUCCUCACCCAGCUGGAGCGGCUCGACGUCGGCUCACAGAACGGCCGACUCAGGUCGCCGCCGGCAGAGGUGGUGGCGUUGGGGUCAGCGAGCAUCGUGGCCUAUCUGGGCCAGCUGCUCAAGGGCCAGGAGCCGUGCUACCGGCUCAAGCUCAUGUUCGUCGGCCAGGAGAACGUCGGCAAAACAUCACUGCUUCGCGCCCUGAACCGAAGAGAGAGAAGGGGCAAGACGAUGAUCAUACGGCAAGGGUCGGAUUUGCCCGAUCCAUCUGUGGCGCCGCUCUCGACGGACGGUAUCGAUAUCAACACCUGGAGUCUGUCCAUGAACAGCGUGUGGGGUCCAGACGCGGCUGCGGUCGAUCUGUCCGCCUGGGACUUUGCCGGUCAGGAGAUCUACUAUGCGACGCAUCAGUUCUUCCUGUCGGAGCGGUCCCUGUUCCUGGUGGUGUUCAACCUGCUCUCCCCUGUCCAGUCUCGCAUCGAGUAUUGGCUUCAAUCUGUGCGAGCAGCGGCCAAGGGCUCGCCGAUCCUCAUCAUUGGCACACACGCCGAACACGAGCGGUGUACCGAAGAAUAUCUGGCCGAGAUGCAACGAAGGCUCGAGGCCAAGUUCCGAUACAAGUACCCCAAUAUGGUGGGCAUCCACUUUGUGAGCCCCGUGCAGGGCAAGGGCAUGGACGCGCUGGUCAACAGCCUCCGGCAGGUGGUCGCCAAGCAGGACUAUAUCGGGCGCACGCUGCCCUCGAGCUACCUCGCCCUCGAGAAGGUCGUGGCUGCCCAGGCCAAGGUCAGGACCCCGCCCGUGCUGACGUGGCACGAGUACCGCGACCUGGCCAAGCUAUGCAUGAUCGAGGAGGACAACGAGGACCUGCGCACAGCCACCGCACUGCUCCACAACCUGGGCUCGCUCGUCCACUUUGCCAGCGACGAAAAGCUGCAAGACGUGGUGAUCCUCGACCCACAGUGGCUGAUGGACGUAUUGGCCACGGUCGUGUCGACGAAGCACAACUAUUGCCGCACCGGCGUACUGCCGCAUUCGGCGUUGCCGCACAUUUGGCGAGCGCCUGCCUUCCCGCGUGAGCUUCACGGAUUCCUGCUGUCGCUGCUGGAGCGAUUCGAGAUCACCUUCCCCAUCCAGUCCUACGCCCACAAACUCGACUACAUCCCGACCACGGCCGCAGACAUUGGGUCGUCGCCGGAAGACACCCUCUCGUCGUUGGUGCCUUCGCUCCUGCCCGAAGAGGCGCCAGCAAAGCUGGCCGAGCUCUGGUCGAGCCGCAUCUGUGCUGGCGAGAACGUGUUCGGUCGCACCUACCAGUUCGAUUUUGUGCCAAAGGGGUUCAUGGGUCGGCUUAUGAUCCGUCUGCUCGGCUUCCCCUUGGUCGCCCAGGUGAUCUGGCGCUACGGAAUGCUUGCCCGCAUCGCCAAGGAGCAGAUAUUGGUGGAACUGACGCCCGAGAAGGACCAGCUCAAGAUCCUGGUUCGCACGGAGCUGCGCGGCGAGCAGAUGUCCAACCUGUGCUGGCUGGUCUUUGCGGCGGUAGACUCCCUGGUCAAGGAGUGGUACAACCUCGAGGCCCGCGUCUUGGUCCCGUGCCCACAUUGCAUGGUGUUCAGCGGCCUCGACCAGAGGCCGUACAUGUUUCCCAUCGAGGAGUGCCAACAGGCGGCCAUGCUGCCCAACGACGCCUUCCUCUACUGCCGCAUCUCUGAUCGUAGCAGCAACGAGCCCACGGCUGUGCGACUGGACACAGCGGCGCCCGAUCUGGCGAUGGUCCACCUCGACAGCCACAAGAUUGCCUUCGGCGAGCUCGACAAGCAGGAGCCGCCCAUCGGCGAGGGAGGCUACGCGACGGUGUACAAGGGCACCUACAAGGGCGAGGUGGUGGCCAUCAAGCAGCUCCGACCGGCCGCGGUCGACGCCUUCGAAGACACGCCGGGCGGCGAUGGCGGCAGCUUGGACGAGGAGGCCGAGUCGCGGCGCCUCACCUACGAAGAGUUCCGCCACGAGGUGUGGAUCAUGAGUGGCUUGGCGCACCCGAACCUGGUGGCGAUGCGCGGAUUCUGCACGGAGCCCGCGUGUAUCGUGACCGAGUACGUCGGCAAGGGCGCGCUCAUCGAGUAUCUCGAGUCCGACAAGCCGCUCGACUGGCCGCUGCGCCUCAAGAUCGCCAAGGACAUCGCCAAGGGUUGCGCGUUCCUGCACAGCACGUCGCCGCCGGUGAUGCAUCGCGACCUGAAGAGUCCCAACAUCCUGUUGGCCGACGUGUCGCCCGAGGCCGAGGUGGUGGCCAAGGUGUGCGACUUUGGCGUUUCCCUCAGCGCCGCCGCCCACACGGCCGGUCGACGAGUCGACUGUCCUGUGUGGCUGGCGCCGGAGGUGAUGGCGGACAAGAUCUACACGGUCAAGGCCGAUGUGUACUCGAUCGGCGUCAUCCUGUGGGAGCUCCUCACGCGCAAGGCCUUCUUCGGGGAGAUUCGCUUCAUGUCCCUCCUCGAGGACAAGGUCAAGUCGGGCGAGCGGCCGCCGAUCCCCGACGACUGCGUGCCGGCCUACCGGCAGCUCAUCGAGGACUGCUGGGCGCAGGACCCCGACGCGCGGCCGUCGUGCGCGGUCAUCGCCGAGCGGCUCACCGAGAUCAUGCGCCAGCUGUGCCCCGAAGCCAGCGGCUACGACAGCCAGGUCGACAACAAAUACAAGGCCCAGCGCAAGGCCGAGGCCGAGGAGAAGCGCAAGGCCCUCGCCGCGCUCCGCCAGAAGAUCUCCGAGAACAGGCUCGCGCGAAAGACGGCGCCCGUGGCCAUGAUGGUCUCGUCCGAGUCCAAGAAGUCGCUGCUGUCGCAGUGCAUCAAAGAUGUGGCGCAGCUCGACGAGUGCUCGAAGAAGGACAUCGUCGUGUUCAUGGAGCAGUUCCUCAGGCAGCGACGCAACCACCUCAUCGGCGUCAGUGAUGAUGACGACGACAAAGACAAGGUGGUGAAGGCCGCGGGCGCCGGCGGCUCGGCGCAGUCGGCCAAGGCCGAGGAGCGGCGGUGGAUCGAGGAGUUCCUGCAGCAGCUCGAGGCUGAGAAGAAGCGCGCGCACGAGGACGAGGUGGCGGCGCUCAUGGCCCAGCCGCUGGAGCGACCACCAUCACGGAACAGCAACAGCCCCGACAAGGCCCUGGGAGGAGCGGUCUCGCGGCUGGAGCGGAGCACGACCGUAGCCGUGGCUGUCGCCCACAGCAGCCAGCAGUCGCUACGUGCGCAAGACUGA